AGCGCGUUGCGCAAGCAGGGCUGGGAGACCUGGCCAUUUGUUUUCGGCCCAUGUUACCAGCCAUCUUAGUGCAUGAACUGCGGAUCUGAGCAUACCCCUCAGCUCCCAUCUGCUACAACGGCCAGCACUAUCGUCAAACAUUCUGUACUACGCAACUUCGUCCUACCCCACAGCGUCGUCCAUGAGGCGCCGCAAACAGCAGUCGAGGUGAACGUCCUCAGUAAGACGUCCAAGUCAACACUAUCCAAUGCGCGCGACUAUGACGCUGUCUGUAACCCGUCUCCCGUGGUCCGCUUUGCUGCAUGUCCCCCUUCUACUGUCUGCUGCUGUUGCUCAGAUGCCGUACAAUCCGACUCGACUCCUCCUUAAUGGCGACCAUGUCUACGUGUUCCAGCCUUCGUCCCAAUCGUCCGCCCAGUUCCAGCUAGGUUCCAUCGAUGUCUCACGCAAGAUCGCUGCUCGCAGCUUACCGUAUACGAUUCUUCAUUCAACCCUGCCAUUUCUGGACGACAAAGCUUCUCGUGCGUUCACUCCUGUACUUGAUGAUGGCGGAAACCUGACCGUGUACACGGGCGACUGCUCACACGGCGCAACUGGAGGUGAAGUCUGGAGCUUCACCUUGGCUUCUGGGAACAAAGCAGGCAAAUGGUCCCAGCAGGACAUGUCGGUCGCCAGUGAUAAGAAAGACGCUACGACAGGCGCGAACUACUUAAGCAAUGGUAUCUCAUUCUCUAGCAUCGUUGGAGGAGAUGCUACCAACACUGGGGCUUACUUCUUCGGUGGCAUGUGUCCAAACAGUGGAGAAAGUUCGAAUGACUGGCAGUCGGCUGCGAAUUACUCGAACCUCAUGGUCACGCUGUCGCCGUCCAGCACCAAAGACAGUGCCAUCACUUACGAGAUGGACGUCUCCUCCAGUCGAGGCCCACCGAUACCAGAAGCAGGGUUCACAAUGACUGGAUUAUCCCCCACAUACUUAAAUCGUAGCGAUGGAUUGCAGACUCAGCAACGAAAUUUUGUACUCAUAGGCGGGCACACCAGCGCAGCUUUUAUCAACAUGUCUCAAAUCGCCCUAUUCUCCCUACCGGAACAGGGUUGGACCUUUAUUGGCGUCCAACAGCCCGACACGUUACAAACCGAUCUAGCAACACGCGAUGUCACCACUGUUGACCCACGCUCAGGCCACACGGCCGUGUUGUCACCAGACGGGGAACAGAUCAUUGUCUAUGGCGGCUGGGUUGGCGAUACCAGCUCCCCAGCAGAGCCUCAAUUGGCCAUUCUCAACAUUGCCAAUGGGUACGGCGGCACCGGCAAGUGGGAAUGGGUCAUACCGAACGCUACUUCGGGCAAAGGUCCCGCCAGCGGCUCUAGCCUCUACGGUCACGGUGCAGUUAUGCUGCCUGGUGGUGUAAUGAUGGUGACUGGCGGCUACAGUAUCGUGACCUCCGGAACGCGACGACGAAGGGCCACUACUGCCGUGAAUUCUCAGGCGUACUUCCUCAACGUCACUUCCAAUACCUGGAUGACUGAUUAUGCGUUACCGACCACACUCUCGACCUCUGAUCCCGAAAAUGCAGGCCCCUUAUCCAGCUCUAGUCAGAAAGCUGGCCUUGGCGCUGGGAUAGGAAUAGGGCUUGCUGCUGUUUGUGGCCUGUUUGCCUUCUAUAUGUGGUACACGAGGCGGCUGAAGAAACAGCGCGGUUUGCGGGAGAAGCAGCUGCAGGAUCUCUCGUUCGCAGCUCACAGGUACAAUAUCGAUGAUUACUCACCUGGAUUCGACGGACAAGGCGGACAUGGAGACGAAGUGGAGCACCUUGCUGAUCACAAUGGAUCGUAUUACUUCCCACCCGGUCAUCAGGGCGGCCAAGGCUGGAAGAGUGCCCACGGACAAGAUGCUGAAAGGACGGGCCUUCUCCUCGAGAUCCCUAGUCCUACACGAGGAUUGCGGCGCAGCCUGAGUGGAAGACCCGCAUAUGCAUCAGGUGCAGUACGGGGUCCUGGCCCGAUCCACCCCAUUGACGAACUGGAAGAAGAAGAUGAUGAUGAAGUCGAGAAGAUUAAUGAUAGAACUCCCCUCACCGAACAACAUGCGACGGCUGAACGCAAAGUUGAACUAUCCUCGUCAGUGCUCGACAAUGUCCCACAGCUUGGCCCUUUCUUUGACGAACAAUGCCCGAGCGGGGCCAAGAAGACUACCUCCCGCUCAGCGUCUUCCUCUCCGGUCCAAGAUAAUACCAAAGAACACGAACAGUUACUGACUGAAUGGUCCGGAACUGGCGCAACUGCAAAUCGUCGUUCAAAUACUGUUUCUACUGGCUGUGUCUCUCCUGACAAAGUAUCAUCAGAUGAGCGCACGAACUCCAAUCUUAGCGAGAGAAGUGCGCGAUCUGAACUGUCGUGGACUUCAUCGCAUGGUAGUCUUGUUAGAAGUGCAUCUCUGCGUGUCACUAAACUCAACACCAUGAUGACAACAACCCAAGCAAACCCAUUUCGAUCUCCUGAUUCUAGUCCUACCCACGGUCGACCACGUGGGUACAGUGAAAGUAGUCGGAAAACGGCUACCGAUCCACAAACCCAGUCAAUCAGUAGUAUGCAAAGUAGCGGCCAGCAAGACAACGAGACGUUCAGAACUGCACACUCGUCGUUUACACACCUUCAAGCCGAAGGUGAGGCACUUCUUGGUGGCAAUCCGGAGCAAAUGCGUCCCAGAACCUCGUCAACGUCAAACGGGUCAAACUCGCACACAUUCGGCGACACAGAGACGAAUCACAGCCGUGCGAUGACCGCUACGCCGGCAACUACCUAUAUCUUGGACAUGUCACGACCAGAGAGUAGAGACGCAAGGAAGAGUUGGCUGGGCAGUGUACGCCGAGUGCUACGCCGAUCAGUCUCUGGCGCCGACCGAACUCGAUCUCUCACAAAUACAGUGUCAUAUCACGAACCCUACACAGACAAACCUGGCUCGCCAAUUGAGCCUUCCACAUUUGACAAUCGGAAACCUUUCCCAAUAAAUCAGCCACCUCGACGGGCUGCCUCAGAUGCUACCUUUUGGAAGAGCAGACGAGGGAAACAAGACUGGGAAGAAGAGGUGGAAGGCCAGUGGACACGCAAUAGCGGCGACGAUUGGGGCGCUCCGGAAGACAUCGCGCGCGCUGAGAAAGAUCGACUACGACAAGAGUGGCGGGAAAGAUGCAACUUGCUGGUCAAUCUUACAUCAGACGAUGACCUACCUACACCACGCACGCCAAUAGCACCCAACCGACUGGGUGUACCAAGCGUAGAGCAACGGCCCUGUACUCCCGCUGAUGAAGGAGACUGGGAUGUCGAAGCCGCUGUUGAACGCCGCGUCGUUCAAGUCAUGUUCACGGUGCCCAAAUCGAAACUCCGCGUGGUCAAUGCCGAUCCUGACGGAUCAAGCAUUCUCUCACUACCUCGUGAAAGCUCGCGAGAGGGCGAUGACUUCCUGAGGGCGGACAAAAAUGGAUCGCCUAGCCGAGUGAAACAUCUUGCUGGCAGGUUUGAACAAAUGUCCGCUUCGAAGGUCUCGUCGCCUCAAAUGACUCCCAGAGCCAGUCCUGUACCAAGUCCGUCCCCAAGUGUCAGAAGCAUGAAGAUCCGAACAAAACGAAGCUCAGCAUCGCUCCACAAGCAGAGUACGGGACAUGACAGCUUGAUGCGGUCUCUGCCAGAAAUCAAGGUGAAGGAUAAAUUGGUUGAGGAAUGAAGGUAGUCUAGACAGGGUCAAAGGUUCGGAUGAUCGCGGCUUACGUUUAUCCUGUACAUUUCGCAGAUUUGGAGGGUUGUAGCCUGACGGGUCACCUGUUAUGACUUUGGUAAAUUAGCGUUUGGCAUUCGUGAGCAGGGCCUCAUGUAAAUGUUCCUUUCUUUAAUUAUCCAAUGUUUGUUCUUACUGUGUGUAAGCAUUGCUAUCCCGAUAACUAGCAAUAUGUGUGCAAGCUUAUCUCUCCAAG